AUGGUGGAGAUUUCCAGAGCCCUAGAUGCCCUUGAGGCAGACAAUAGCGCUGCACAGCCUCGGCCAGAGUUGGCAGAAGAACAUGUUAUUGACAUUAUUUCUCCUGGCAGUACGGCUGAAAUAGCGGCCAACGCGCCGAGGUAUCGCCGCAAGAGCUCGACAUUCAUCGACGGCAUCCACGAUGUCCCCGAGGAUCAAGAUAUGGCCCCGGCCCAGCUCUACAGCACCAUGUCCGGUCGACUGUUCCACUCGGGCCGUAUCGCCAUCGUCAUGGUCGGUCUUCCAGCCCGCGGCAAGACCCACAUUUGUGUGUCCAUGGCCCGUUAUCUAGGCUGGUUGGGAGUCAAGACGCGUAUCUUCCACUUGGGCGACUAUCGCCGUGCGACUGUUGGCAAGGGCGGUAUAGUCCCCGAGGAUUACUUCUUCCCCGACGCGUCCCCUCAAUCAGUCAUCUUGAGGCAGAAGAUUCUGAAGAAAUGCCGCGAGGACAUCUAUGCUUGGUUGAACCACGAGAACGGACAAGUCGCCAUUUAUGACGCUGUCAAUCCUACGGCUGCAGGUCGCCGUGCGCUGGCGAAGGAGCUUGCGAAGCAUGACGUCCAGACACUCUUCAUUGAGUCAUUUGUCGACGACGAGGCAAUUCUACGGGAGAAUGCGCGCAAUGUCAAGAUCUCCUCGCCUGACUUCGCUGGUAUGGACCCCGACGAAGCCGCUAAGCUCUACCUUCGCCGCAUCGACAUGAAAAUCCCCGUUUUCGAGACGAUGGACGAGAAAGAACUCAACUUCAUCAAGAUGAUCAAUGCCGGACAGAAGUUCUUCUACAACAAUGUCUCUUUUGGCUACCUCUCCCACCGCAUUGUCUUCUACCUCACCAACCUGCACAUCAAGUCCCGCACUACGUACUUCGUCCGCGCCGGCGUCACUACUGAAGAGGACUCGUACAAGGCCGAUGCUCCCCUAUCUGAGCAGGGCAUCGCCUACGCCGCCCGUAUGUCUGAGACCCUCCUCAAGCACCGUGAGCAGGAGCGCGCCGCCCUCGUCGAGAAGGGUGGCCCCAACGUGCCUCUGAGGCCCCUAUCCGUCUGGACGUCCACGCGUUGCCGCACCGUGCAGACAGCAGACUACCUUAAGAACAAGGGCUUCAAGGUUCGCCAGCGCUCGCAGAUGAGCCAGAUCAACCCUGGUGUCUGCGAGAAGAUGUCGGAGCGGGCUAUCCGCCACAUCUACCCCGAAGAAGUCGAGAAGCACGAGCUCGACCCGUACCACCACAGAUACCCCCGCGCAGAGUCCUACCACGACCUUGCCGUCCGCCUCGAGCCAAUCAUCCUGGAACUCGAGCGUGAGCAAAGCGACCUCCUCAUCAUUGCCCACGAGUCCGUCCUCCGCGUCCUCUACGCUUACCUCAUGCACUGCGCCACCAUGGACAUCCCGACUCUCAAGUUCCCCCGCGACGAAAUCAUCGAGAUCAUCCCCGCAGCGUACCAGAACGAGGCGAAGCGCAUCCACAUCCCCGGCAUCGACCCCAAAAUCACACCCGGCUCCCCUGAGGAUAUUCGGAUCCCCGUCCCCGGAAGCGCUCCCGCCAGUGGCAACAUGUCGCCCAUCGCGGGCUUGUCGUCCCCUGCCGAGCCCGUCGAGCGUCCCCCCGAGAAGGUGAUUAACAAGGCGGCGGAGAUGGUUGCCGAUCGCCAGAACGACGAAGAUUAG